GACAGCUUUACUUUGUUGUGUAAAUGCAGAUUAAGUAAGUGCUCAUCUCUAUGUGUUCUGUGGGUUGUACCUUUCUCUAUUAAUUUUUGGCAAACACGUGUGAUACACACUGACUCACAUGAGUCAACACUGCACCUUUCGGUGAAACUACGCAGCGUGUGUACAACACACAGACGAACACACACAGUACGAAUUACACAGUGUAUGUUGGAGGAAGUGUUCUGCUGUGGUAUUUCAAAAGCGGCUCCCUUCGCAAACAUUCAGUAGGUCUGUCUGUCCGUCCUACGUGAGGUCCUGAAUGUGCUACAAACCCGGUCUGCAUUCAAAUGCUGUUGAAAGGGCAACUUACCGUGAUGGCAACUUACUGAAUUCUUUUAAAACCUGACAGAAUGGCGGAUGCUCCUAAGUCAGGUAUCCCAGCAUUCUCUGCGUGGUUCGCUCAGGUUUCCGACGCCAUCUCCAAUAGCUUCCGCAGCAUCGGUCAAAAUGGAGCUGUUGACUCUAAGGUAUCCCACUCCCCUGAUCCUGGGGUCUCGGUGGAAGGUUCAGAGGUGGACUCCAGUGUAGAUUCGGGGCAGAACGUGAGUGAUGUUAAUGGGUAUGAAGUGGAUGUUUCCAGCAUGGAUUCACUGGAGAAGCUAGAGGCACUUCAAGCUCAGCUUGCAUUGCGUGGUUUGGGCAGCACGUUUGAUUCCAGCCACUCAGGUGAACGUCUCACACCCAUCAGAGAGGAACUAGAUGAGGUGGAGAGCAGGAGGAGUUUGGCUUCACGAUGCUCUAAUUCUGUGAAUAGUUACGGUGACGACGGUGAGAUUUCCAGUCCGUCAGAGAGCGAGGAUGAACUAGCAAAGCAGUUUGAAAUCUCCGUCUCUCGCUCACAAAGUUUCCGCUCUGGAGUCAUGGAACUCAACACCCAGGAUGCACCAGGGCAACAGCACAAAUGUAAACGCCUGCUGUCUGACCAGGAGGAAGGAAGCACAGAGCCGUCUGACUGCGAAGAAACGGAGAGAAUCAGUGUUCAAGGGUUUCAAGAUCCUCUCUCAUCCAGACGGCGUGUUGGGUCGGAGCCGAGAGACCCCCUAUCGCAGAGCCCUUUACCCGAGCGCCGAACCCCAACAGACCCUCUCUCUUUAAUGGCUGAGCAGAUUUCUGUUGGCUCCCAGGACACAGUGGAUGGUCUGGAGGCCUUACCCAGAGAUGAGGGCAGUCGGGUGGGCAGCGUGGAGCGGCAAACACCACAUAGGAGCCUGGCGAUGGACAAUUAUGGUUUUGACAAUACUGAGGCUACAGAUUCUGCAUGUAGCCCUGAGCAUGAGCAAUCUCCAUCCCAACCUCUGAGCUCUUCCCCUCACCACAUCUCCAAAUGCGGUGACCUCAUCAUUGCCCUCGACUACCGGGCUGACACCCACAGGCUCCUGGUCACCGUGGUAACAGCCCAAGGCAUUCCAGACAAGACACGGAGUGGCAUGGACUCCUGGCAGGUGCGCGUGGUUCUGUUACCAGGGAAACGUCAGCGGCACAAGACGGCCGUACAGAAAGGGUCCACGCCAAGGUUCGAGGAGACGUUCCGGUUCUCGCAUCUAGAACCAGGGGAUUUGGGUUCUUCGAUGCUCAGGUUCCGUCUGUAUGCGCUGGGGAAGAUGAACAGAGAUAGGAUGAUGGGAGAGGCCUUGUACCGGCUGAGCAGACUGAGACGUACAGAUCAGCUUGAGAUCACACUGGUGCUGGAACCUCGCAGUAAUCUCAAGACAGUAGACUCAGAGAUGUCUUGCAGUACACCGAGCGAAAGUGCUUCCUCAACUCAGUCCGUCUCCCACGGUGGAAAUCCCGAGCUGCUGUUGGGUUUAUCAUAUAACGCCACCACAGGACGGCUGUCUGUAGAGAUCAUUAAAGGCAGCCACUUCCGUAACUUUGCGGUCAACAGACCUCCAGAUACAUUUGGUAAGCUCACUCUGUUGAACUCUAUGGGACAAGAGAUAUCCCGCUGUAAGACAUCCAUCCGUCGCAGUCAGCCAAAUCCCGUCUUCAAGGAGACGUUCGUCUUCCAGGUGGCGCUCUUCCAGCUGUCUGACGUCACGUUAAUGGUGUCCAUAUACAAUCGAAAGAACAUGAAACGCAAGGAGAUGAUUGGCUGGGUGGCUCUGGGCCAGAACAGUAGUGGAGAGGAAGAACUUCUUCACUGGCAGGACAUGAAGGAAAGCGGAAACCAGCAGGUCUGCCGCUGGCACACCCUACUUGAGGCUUAGAGAAGAGAGAGAACUUGAAGAUUCCAUUUGAUGGAAAUAUAAUUUACUGUGUUGGACCGGGAGGAUAUUCCUCUGGGAAGGAGAUAGACCAUAUAAAAUGAGGCCAAGUAUCCAAGUACCCUUGAGAUCAAUGAACAAGCAUUUUUAAAUUUUAGAGACUGGUUACAAAGAUGAGGCAUGCCAUAUUGUGAGCACGUAAAAACACAAAGAACACACGCCUUUCCUUAGGAGAACUUGAUACAGUCCCUUAUCUGGUAUCCAGGAAAUGACCUCACAAUGUAAUAUACAAACCACUUGCUCCAACCCCUUGCAGCAACCAAUUAAAACACAUUAGCAUCAGUAAUUGUCGCUUAGCGAUUUCAAGAAGAUUUUUUGUUAGAUUUGAAAUAAUUAAAUGCCUUUCCUAAGAUGUUUUUAAGCCUCAAGAUAAGACCCACGCCAAGGGUGGUAUAGAGGUUUUGAGAGACCAAACGUUUUAUGAGCAGAGAGCUGUUUGCUGAACGUGCACUUUCUUUCGCAAUAAAACAUUAUUAUAUGUUCAAAACAUGCUGCAAUUUACAGUGUGGAAGUAAAAUAAAUGGCUUUGCUCUCUGGAUCACUUUACUUCUGUAAUGACACAUUUUUAAUGCUGGAAAGAAAAGAGCCCACAGGUGGUCAUCAUUCAUGUCUUAAACAAGCUUACAGUAUAUAAAUAAUGACAAUUUAUCGCCUAAAGUGUCACUAACCUUAACCUACAUUCACUGUCUGUACACCACACAGAUGCUUAUGUAUGUCCAAGAAACUGCAAGUCUAAAUUCUUUUUCUGUCCACUUGUGACCAAACUGUUUUGUAUUGCAUGUCUGUAAUGACGUUAUGCAUUUAAAGUGCCUGUCAAACCCAUAGGGAGUUUUUAUUUAUAGCCAGUGAUAGCGAUUAGCAUGGAGAGCUCUGGAACUUUACAGAUGCAUGAUGAUCUGUCUGUGUGUUCUCGAUCAAUAGUGCCUGUUCUGCAUGCUUUCAAGUACAGUGGUUUUGAAGAUAAAUGCGUAUAUUUUUGUCGGUCAUUAAAGAUAUAUCUAAGAUGCAACUGUUACUGACCAUGCUGUAUUGUUGUUAUUUUUUGGAAUAGUAAUGUAUUUGUGUAACAGUGAUUCAAACCUGUGAAAAUAGACGAUGCUGUAGAUGACAUUCUGCCAAAGAAAAAUACAAUUGACUGUAACCCACCACCAUAUGAUCGCUCAUCUGGUGAUAGGGCUGCUUGGAUCAGACUGACAGGGUGUCUGAAACUGUUUGCCAGAAGAGUGUGUGUGUGUUAUUUUUCCCACCCUCUACUGUGUACUUAAGGGAGUGGAAGAAUCGGUAAUGCUCCAGAGGGAUAAUUAGACUCGGAGAUGUGAGGUAUACUACAGUUUAAGAGCUUUUAAUGUGUGACAAUUUUUUCAGAGGGUAUUGUGAGUGAAAAGACUGCUUAGAAUUAAUUAAGACAUUUACAGAUGUCAACACAUUGGCAACCCUUACUGAAAAGAAUGUACAAAUUGUAAUGUUUUCCAUUGCAAUACAAAUGAACCAUAAACCAGAAGCUAUUUACCAUGUAUAACCAUUGU